GACUCUAGACCGGAGGUUUUGUUGUGAGGGUCGGUUGUCAAGCAGCGACCAAUCAGGACAGAGGAUGGAGGCAAGUGGGGGUCGCGCCUGGAGGGAAGCCUUGGCCUCCCGAGCUCCAGCUGCAGCCCAGUGUUGAGCUGAGAUGGCCCAAGCCUGACAUUCCAUGAUCUGGGAUCCUGACCUAUGUGUACAGGCUGCUGCUUGGUGGCGGAUGAUCUAAACUACAAGGCAGUUCUGGGCCAGGAGAGGAGGUCUCUCUGCCUGGAUGUGUGGGAACUCCCUGCCAACUUGAUUGUCGGAUCUGGGGGGGAUCCACCCCCACCCCACAGGGAAAGCACAAUCCAUUUUGUGGGUGGGGUCUCAGGUGCGGCCCUCUGAAGCAUGGCCACCCCUGUGGUCACCAAGACUGCCUGGAAGUUGCAAGAGAUCGUCGCCCAUGCCAGCAAUGUGUCCUCGUUGGUGCUGGGCAAGGCCUCAGGGCGGCUCUUGGCCACUGGUGGGGAUGACUGCCGCGUCAACCUGUGGUCCAUCAACAAGCCUAACUGCAUCAUGAGCCUGACAGGUCACACGUCCCCUGUGGAGAGUGUCCGCCUCAACACCCCUGAAGAGCUCAUCGUAGCCGGUUCCCAGUCAGGCUCCAUCCGCGUCUGGGACCUGGAAGCUGCCAAAAUUCUCCGCACACUCAUGGGGCACAAAGCCAACAUCUGCAGCCUGGAUUUCCACCCCUAUGGCGAAUUUGUGGCCUCAGGUUCCCAGGACACAAAUAUCAAGCUCUGGGACAUCAGGAGGAAAGGCUGUGUCUUCCGAUACAGGGGCCACAGCCAGGCUGUGCGGUGUCUUCGGUUCAGCCCUGAUGGGAAGUGGCUGGCAUCAGCAGCAGAUGACCACACCGUGAAGCUCUGGGAUCUGACGGCCGGCAAGAUGAUGUCUGAGUUCCCUGGCCACACAGGGCCCGUCAACGUGGUGGAGUUUCACCCCAACGAGUAUCUCCUAGCUUCUGGCAGCUCCGACAGGACAAUCCGCUUCUGGGACCUGGAGAAGUUCCAGGUGGUGAGCUGCAUUGAAGGGGAGCCAGGGCCUGUCAGGAGCGUCCUCUUCAACCCCGAUGGCUGCUGCUUGUACAGCGGCGGCCAGGACUCGCUGCGUGUCUAUGGCUGGGAGCCCGAGCGCUGCUUUGAUGUGGUCCUUGUCAACUGGGGCAAGGUGGCUGACCUGGCCAUCUGCAAUGACCAGCUGAUAGGUGUGGCCUUCUCCCAGAGUAACGUAUCCUCUUACGUGGUGGACCUGACGAGAGUCACCAGGACAGGCACUGUGACCCAGGACCCCGUGCAGGCCAGCCAGCCCCUGACACAGCAGACCCCCACCCCCGGGGUCCCCCUCCGCCGCAUUUACGAGCGGCCCAGCACAACCUGCAGCAAGACUCAGAGGGUAAAGCACAAUUCAGAGAGUGAGCGGCGCAGCCCCAGCAGCGAAGACGACAGGGACGAGCGUGAGUCCCGGGCCGAGAUUCAGAAUGCCGAGGACUACAAUGAGAUCUUCCAGCCCAAGAACAGCAUCAGUCGGACACCGCCCCGGAGAAGUGAGCCCUUCCCAGCUCCCCCAGAGGAUGACACAGCCACAGCCAAGGAGGCCUCAAAACCCAGCCCAGCCACGGAUGUGCCGGUGCCGGUGCCAAAUCUCGAGGGCCCAGCCCGGCCUCCAGUCCUGACUUCCACUCCUGCCCCCAAGAGCGAGCCUGUCGUCAUCCCCGCCACACGGAAUGAGCCCAUUGGCCUAAAGGCCUCGGACUUCCUGCCCGCCGUGAAGGUCCCUCAGCAGGCAGAGCUGGUGGAUGAGGACGCCAUGUCACAGAUACGCAAGGGCCACGACACCAUGUGUGUGGUGCUCACCAGCCGCCACAAGAACCUGGACACUGUGCGGGCUGUGUGGACCACAGGAGAUAUCAAGACCUCAGUGGACUCUGCAGUGGCCAUCAAUGACCUGUCCGUGGUGGUGGACCUCCUGAACAUCGUCAACCAGAAAGCCUCCCUGUGGAAGCUGGACCUGUGCACCACAGUGCUGCCCCAGAUUGAGAAACUCCUGCAAAGCAAGUAUGAGAGCUACGUCCAGACUGGGUGCACCUCCCUGAAGCUGAUCCUCCAGAGGUUCCUGCCCCUCAUCACCGACAUUUUGGCAGCCCCGCCUUCUGUGGGCGUGGACAUCAGCCGAGAGGAGAGGCUGCACAAGUGCCGACUGUGCUUCAAGCAGCUCAAGAACAUCAGCGGCCUCGUCAAGAGCAAGUCAGGGCUGAGCGGCCGCCAUGGCAGUGCCUUCCGCGAGCUGCACCUACUCAUGGCCAGUUUGGACUGAGGACCUCAAGGCUGGAGCACCGGUGGCCCUCGCUGGCCUGGUCUCACACUCUAGUCACUGUAUGCCCAGGGCCCAUGAGCCUCAGCUGACGGCCAUCCUGGAGGCGGCGUGCCAGCCCACAGACCACCUCACAGCUGUGGACUCCAAACUUCCUCUCCAGCGGCAGCUGCACAGUCUUGCUUCUCAGGGCAACUCCAGCCUGGGAGCUGCUGCUGCUGUAACUUAUCAGGCAGAUUUAUUAAAUGUAUAACUGUUCCUGAC